ACCCGUACGUCCUUGUUCUCAAGACUGCAGGUCUGAACACGACGGAUAAGGAGAUGGAGGUGCUGACGCUGAGGAACGUGAGCGUGGCCGAUGCCGGAGAGUACACCUGCUUGGCGGGGAACUCCAUCGGCGUCUCUCACCACUCGGCGUGGCUCACCGUCGUCGACGACCUGCCGCCCGCCCCGCUGCCCUCCCAGACGUACCUGGAGAUCUUCAUCUACUGCCUUGGCUUCUUCAUCGUCAUCAUCCUCACCGCCACGGCCGCCGUCUGCCGACUCUGCUGCGCGCCGAAGAAGACCGACUUCAGUGGACAGCUGGCCGUGCAGAAACUGGCAAAGAGCCUUCCUCUGAGGAGACAGCUGGAAGACGUUUAUAACCCAGACCCUGACCCACAGAGGGUCCCAGCCUACUGCUGCUGGGGAGGGAGCCACAGACCGAGCUUCAUCUAA